UCAUUUCGGGGCUGGAACUGGAUCAUUGAAGGUCAACAGCAAAGACAUCGCGGCUUAAAGAUGGAGGCGUUUGACGCGCGGAGUCUGUGUGUGAUCGCCGAGGAGCUGAGUGAGGAAGACGAGGCUGAUGAGGAAGAGUUUGUGAUGGUGCAGGACUCACACACACCUGAUGCCUUCUGCUCUCACUGCCACGUCCUCACACACACCGGCGCCGCAGCGCACGCGCGUCACACACGCCUCGCGCUUGGCCCCGCCGCGGAGCAGAUCAAGGAGGAGCUGUCCCACAGCAGGGGUAAGCUGAGCCAGAAGAUCGUGGAGAUGGAGAACUUCGCCAGUAACCUGGAGGAGAUCUUCAUCACGGUGGAGGAGAACUUCGGGCGUCAGGAGCAGAACCUGGAGCAGCAUUAUAACGAGGUCCUGCAGACGCUGGCGCAGAGACACGAGACGCGAGCGGCGGCGCUGGACGAGCAGAAGAACCGCGCGCUGGAGCGUCUGUACGGCGAGCUUCUGCGCUGCGGGCGAACCUUGGACGCGUCCAAACAGCUGAUCGAGAGCGCGCAGCGCGUCCACCGGCAGCGAGACCAGCGCGCCUUCCUGCAGGCUGUCAUGCCAAUCAUGAAGAGAGUUGAGCAGUUUUCCAGUAAGGAAGUGGAUCUGAAGCUGGGAGUGUCUCUGGACUUUGAUGUUCCGACGACGGAUCUGUCCGAUGUCCGACAGAUGAUGGACUCCAUAAACGUGCUUCCAGCUCCAUCAGCUCCGGUCAUGAACCCCCAGAUCUGUAACUCGGCCACGGACACGUCGCUGCACGUGUGCUGGAGUCUGUUCUCCGACGACACUGUGGAGUUCUACGAGCUUUACUGGCGCCUGAUCUCGGACGACUGCCCCAUGGAGCCGCUGCAGGACGUGUCUCAGCUGAAGGUGAAGGAGACUCACUGCACAGUGUCUGAUCUGCUCCCGAACGCCCAGUACGAGCUGUGGGUCACGGCCACCAACACCACCGGCAUCAGCCCGGCCAGCGAGAGAGCCGUGUACAUGACGGUUCCCUCUCCUCCCGUCAUCAGGCCCCGGCAGUGUGUGAGCAGCCUGGACGCGGCGCUGAUCCGCUGGGACUCUGGAAACACAAACCCUGUGGAAUCAUAUACACUGGAGUUCAGAGAGAGCGACACCGACAGCAGCAACACUGUGACGGAGUCGGUUGUGGCGAUCCCAUCCUGUGAGUGUCUGGUUCAGCUCCAGCCCUGGAAACACUACAUCAUCAGCGUCAGAGCCGUGAACACCGGCGGCCCGAGUGACCGGAGCGAACCUGUGGACAUCUCCACCGCAGGCACGUGUUUCCACCUGCUGGAAGACACAGCUCAUCCCAGUCUGUCUCUGUCGGCUGACGGCCUCACCAUGUUCUACCUGGAUGAAGAUCUUCCUCUCAGUCACAUGACCUUCAGCGACAGCACCUUCGCCAGGUGUGUGGCGGUCCUGGGAGACCUGGUGCCCAUCAGAGGUCAGUAUUACUGGGAGAUUGAGGUGGACGAAGACACAGAGUUUCGCGUCGGCGUGGCGUAUGAAGACACUCAGAGAAACUCGUACCUGGGCGGCAACAAGACGUCCUGGUGCAUGAGACACAUUGUCACGCCGUCCAGGCAUAAAUACGAGUUCCUGCACAACGGCUGGACGCCGGACGUCCGGAUCACGGUGCAGCCGCUGCGGAUCGGCGUGUUCCUGGAUUACGGCGGAGGAGUGCUGUCGUUCUACAACGCGGCGCUGCGGCAACACCUGCACAGCUUCAGCUGCCGGUUCCUGCACCGCGUCCAGCCCUGCUUCGCGCUGGAUAACCCCGGAGCGCUGCGGCUCCACACCGGCCUGCCGGCUCCACCGAUGAGCAGCUGAAUAAAGGAGACGCAGCGUCUGUGUGCCGCUUACUUCUUUAUUAUUCCAUAGGAACAGAUACACAUCAGUGCUGUAAAACAUGAGGAAAUAAAGUCUGUGCCGCUGCA